AGAGUGUCUUGAUCGCCCUAUGUCUCCAAAAGUCAGCCAGAGAGGAAUCAGCAUACACAAAAGCAUCACCUUCAGCUUUAGAACUUGAAGACGAGGUAUAGCAGCGGCUUUUGAUUGCUAUUCUCUGCAAGGAGCUCGUCGGAACAGCUUGCGUGCAGUUGCUUUUUCCCAAUCACCACAUACACGCUCAGGUGCGACAAGUGUUCCAAAGUGCUGCAACCUUAUUCAUGUCUGUAGAGAAUGGAGCCCGAGCUGCAGCAGUGGAUAUGCGGAACAGUUAUUGUGGAAGCUAAGAAACUUUUACGUGAUUCGACGCAGAAUUCUUUGCAGGGUACCACCAAGGGCCAUGAUAACGCUAUGCGAGUGCAAUUAUCUGGCACAAGAGCAGUGCAAAUCAUUGAUUUUAAUGGUCAACAAAAGGCACCUUUUACCAACAUUUCGGUCUCGGACGUGUCUUGUCAAAUCCGUGCGAGUUUAUCGGAAGCUACAAGAAAACAGUUCGAGAAGAGGUACGACCGGCGCUUACCACAUAGAACUGUUGGGGCCAUUUUCGAGAUUGGCAGGUGUUAUUUGAUAUUCAAUCCGGAAAUAAAAGGUGUCCCACGAGUGACACUCAAUAUUAAUAGUCUUGUUUUGAAAGGUGGCGAGGGUUCAUCUAACCUUGGUUUUCCGGUGCCGAUUGAGGAAAUUGAAGAUGUCCGACAUCUGAUAACGCGAAUGAAGAAUACAGUGCCUCCGCAGGAGGCUUUGGCCAGAAGCCGUCAUAAAUGCACCUCCCCCAUACAUUCUUUGACCGAGAGCCCCUGGGGCGAUGAAAUGGGGAGUCCAAAUGGGCAACUUGCAACGCAAGCUCCACUAGCUUCGGAAAUUUGUGAUAAACACAGCAAAGUGACAAAGAAGCCUGCUCCUUCGUCGAGGACCCUCAAGGCAGUUAACCUACCUGGGAAUCAACUACUCGGGCUAAUAGGAAAAAACAAAAAACCCAACACUUCAUCUUCAAAUUUGGUAGGUGGGAUACCCGAGUCACGCCGUUCUACUUCGCUAUCAGAUAAUAAGCGGGCAGCGACGAUUGAAGAUGGUGCAAGAGAAAGCAAUGAACAAAAGUUCCUUCGAUUAACAGGGAGCGGGAACGACGAUAUACGUAUGCCGGUCGAUGAGAAUAAGGGUAGCGGCAACGGCAAGCCAAUAGUUCACUCAAGGCAAGGAGUUCCUGGUGAGAACCCCCGGGUGGGUUCCCAAAGCACCAACAAACGUGGAAGUAACGUUGGAACUCCUCUUGUUGAUCCAUUACGACUCAUCACGUCACGGUCAGAAAACGAGCUGCCUAAGCUAAUGAGGGAUAUCGGGUUGAACUCGCGACCGACAAAUAAGCCAACAUUCAAUUCUCUCCAUGAGAAUCCCUGGGGAAAGCUGACCCGAAUCCCACUCAAGCAUGUCAUAAUACCCAAAAACCAAGUUGUGAAGCUCUCCACCGCCGCGUCGUGGGUCACCUCCGUAGCAGAUAUCGGAUCGUUGCAUACAAGUCUCCAACCUGAUACACCUGACAGCCUCAUGCCCCCAGCCCUCGAGCAUGUAGAGGAUACUAGAGACCAAAUUAAUACUACGCCAGGCCCUCCAGUUGAAGCCAGGCAAGGUGGCACAAAUAAACGUAACCUCAACGAUGGUUCUCCCAGGAGGGUUGACGUGUCAAGUCCACGGAAUAGCUAUCAUGGGAACCAACGUACUGAAAAUCUCAGCGACAACGUUUCCGGAGAUACCGCAUUCCAAAACGAUCCGGCUGUAGAACUGGACGCGGUUGGGCCAGAAGAAGACGAUGCCCUGUCGUGGGCACCGACUUCAAGGGCAUCAUCAAUAGGUCCUAUCCCAGAAAAUGGCAACGAACCAUUAAUCAUAUCAGCUUUUCCACCGCCUCAUUCAAAUACACAUUCGCCCCGGCCUGCGAACCAAGUCCCUGAGCCAAGCAGCUCCGAGAGUUCACCCGGUCCAAGGCUAAAUUUGGACAGAAAUGUUCAUUUAUCAUCGAUAUUGCCGAGUCUCUCAGAUUCAUCGUAUAUUAAAUUCGAUACUGGGACGGGUUUGAAAGGCGGAGGUGGAUCUCUAGCCAACAACGUCCAUUCUAGUAUACCACACUCAGAAGAUGAUAUGGAGCAGAGAGUACCAUAUGCUAUUGGUGAUGUCAUUCAGUCUUCCGAUGAUAUCUACUUGUCUCGCAUCCCAGCUUCUACUAUAACGGCGUCCCCAACGAGGUCGCAGGAGUCUCCGGUCCUACAGAUUGAAAGAACUCCUUAUAGUCGUUCUCAAAAAGACCAGCCUUCCUUACCAGAAGCACGUUUUCUAGGGUCACCCUUGGAACCAAAAAAGCCAAUACCAAGUCCUCACAGUUCGGCUGGUUCUAUUAUCUUGGGGACUUUCAACUGGGAUACAAGCAAGGAUGAUGAUGCUCCAGGACACGUCUCGAUGCAUGACGAACUACAACAAGGCCACGACAAAGACCGUCGGACUAAUGAUGUUACUACGGAACCCAGCGCAGGAAAGGUUGCUGGGCGAUCGGAGCGUCUUUCAACGCCGGUACUUGAUCAUCCACCGAUACCCAUCGAGGCUGGUGGAGAACGAGAACUAUGUGGUGAAAACCGCAACAGGGGUGGAUUUAACCAAAACAAAGUCACAGUUGGACGUAGUUCUCGGCCAAAAUCGACCCAAGACGUAGAGUCAUCGGUGGGUAUUGACGCUGAUAAGCUAUCAGAACCCACGAAACCGUUGGGCUCUGAAUCCCCGGUUUAUAGCGUACUCCCUUCUCUUCCAUCCAUCACCUCUCCAACAUCGAAGAAAAUCGCCAAAUCGUACAUAACUAGACGCGAAAGGAAGAGACAGAGGGAGGAGUCAGGGGUGCAGUUUCCAUGACUAUGUCUGUCCCUAAGCCGUGAUAGCUCCUCGUUAUCUGCCGGGUUGAUACUGGGAUGCCUUUGUUACAUAGUUAAUUGGAUACUUGGGGUCCUUUACUGAUGUACCAUAUUAUUUUACCUUAAAUCAUCCCUGGUAGCCGUUCUAUCACUUUGUUAACGUGGUAUAAUAAGAAAAUGCUUGCCCUGGUGCCUCUGGGGCUCUGUAGCCAGUGUGGUUCGGUGACCGCCUGUGUUUGGAGGUUGCAAGGCAGAGAGGCCGAUGGCACUAGUCGUUAUGGAGCGGUGUAAAAACGUAGAUGGGUGA